AUGGAUGAUGGACAAUUUCCCAAGGAAUUUAUUCCACACCUAAACUUGGGUGAUUAUGGUAGCAGUAGGUCUUACUAUGCUAUUCUUUACAAAAACAACACAAAACAAUCAAAAUUUACCAUUGAAGUUGAGAGUAACGCUACUACUGGAUAUAGCUGGUAUAGUGUGGGUAUUUAUGAGAAGGCUGCUAUACCUAAUGAACCAUACCAAGAUAGCCUUAAAAACAUAAUAGACAAUGAUUUUGUUAAAAGGAAAAUCAGUGAGGGUUCAACACUAGAUGGUUUAUCUGUAACCCCUUUUGAUUACAGUUCGUCGCCUAGUGCUCAUGGAGUUGUUGGUACAUCUGGUGUAUCUAAGGCUACCAUCAGCGCAUCUUCUGAGUGCAAGAGUGGUGAUUAUUUGGUGCUAUUGUCUUAUGCCCAACCAUUCAGCCCACUUACCAAUUGUUAUUACAAGAAGAUAUAUGUUAGAAUCAUUUAA